AGAUAUGUUAACUAAUGUUAACCUAUAAAGUUUCAAACUUUAACUCUUAAUACCUCGUCUAAGGGGCAGAGUGACACUUUUUUGCCAAAUUCGUUCAUUUUGUUCAAAAAUGCGUCAAAUGAGUUGAAAUGAGUCCAUUUUUAUCAACAUCGAAAGUGUAUCUCAAGAAGAGGAACAAUGUUGGUCAAGUGAUAAAAAAUUAAAAAUUAUAUAUAAGUGUGUGAUAAUGGUAAAAAAGAAAAUAGAAACUUUGUAUAAUGAUAAAUUUCGUAGAGAAGUAAGAUGUUAAUGCGUGUAACUGUCUUGACUGAUGAUGACUGACUUAUAUCAGUCCAAAAAAUGGAGAAUGCAAUUAAAUGGAAAUCCACGCAUAUCAAUUUUAUGAACAAAAAAAUACAAAAUACAGCCAAGUAUCUAUGUAUAAUGCUCGAUGCCAAGCUGAGAUAAAAGGAACACAUCAAGAAGAAAAAAAAGAAGAAUUAGACAUUAAAUAUAGAAAAAUCUAUUGACUAAUGGGGAGGCAUUCUGAACCUACAUAACAAACUGUUGCUGUAUAAACAAGUGCUAAAACCUACUGGACGAAUGGGCUGCACCAGAAGAAAUCCAAUAUUAAAAUAACACAGAACUUUUAAAAUAAAAUGUUACGAGGAAUUGUAAGUGCUCCUUGAUGUAUCCGCAAUAAUAACAUCCAUAGGGACCUGAACAUAGAUACAGUUAUGGAUGCAAUAAAGCAAACAGCAAUGCAACAUGACCAGAAAGUCCAGAGACUACAAGGUCAUUGCAAUACACUAAUCUGGACUCUGGAGUAUGCUGAGCAGAAAUAAACCCGUGCAAAGACUCAAAAGAAUGAAAACCCUCAAAUUUGGUGCAAAGGAGUAAGAGCUUGUAAUAUGCGCAUAUUUUAAAGCUGAAUUAAUCAGUGGAAUAAUCUUUGACACACGGGUAGGGGCUAUAGCGCAAGCCUCGAAUCGAUCUUCCACCCCAUCUCACCCUCCUCAGGCGUCCGCAAAGAACCCCCGGCCGACGACUCUGUUGUCGACCCAACAACAAUUCAAAACCUCCCGAGACUGAAGACAAACAUGGCGUUGGAUUUCGCAGCGACGUAUAAAGUCCUGGUUUUAGGCGAUUCGAACGUUGGCAAGACCUGCAUCGUGCAUCGCUACUGCGACGAACGGUACUACGACACUUACAUCUCAACGAUAGGUAUUGAUUUCAAACAGAAGAUUAUUAACUUAGAUGGAACGCCGAUUAAAUUACAAAUCUGGGACACUGCCGGCCAAGAAAGAUUUCGAACUUUAACAACGGCGUAUUAUCGUGGUGCCAUGGGUAUUCUUUUGAUGUACGAUGUCACUAGUUUGGAGAGUUUCAACCAUCUGUCAUAUUGGCUACGAAAUAUUCAAGAAAAUGCGUCACCGGACGUAGUAAAAGUUUUGGCUGCGAAUAAAUGCGAUGCGACCGCACAUCGCGCUGUAGACACCGAGAGAGGUCAAAAGAUCGCCGAAAACUUUGAUAUGCCUUUCUUUGAGGUAUCGUGCAAGGAAAACAUUAACAUUGAAGAGGCUUUCCUUACUCUAGCUAGAAGAAUACGGGAACAGCGGGGACGUCGGGCAAGCCUGUUCGAGGCUUCCGAGAGAGAAGGUGCGGACAGUAUAAUUAAGGCGCAGUCACCGUCUCAACAAGGUGACGCUUGGAGAUGCGCCUACAUGGAAGCGUUAGUAGAAUACAAUUACGUAGCGCAAGCGGAUGACGAGUUGACAAUAAAAAAAGGUGACAUCAUCACGGAUAUCAGGAUGAUGCUUGGAGGAUGGUGGGAGGGCACCCUGAACGACAAGCGUGGCAUGUUUCCCGAUAACUUUGUUAGGGUAUUGGAUCCCAUUACUAGUGGAAAUACCGAUGUCAAGACUGUGAGCAGCAUGAAAUCUGCAGACGAGAAUGUGACUUUGAGAAGUGAAUCUGGUAGAUGUCUCUGCAAAGUUCUUUUCAGUUACGACCCUUGUAAUGAGGAUGAGUUGACUUUAGUGCCGCAAGAUUCCAUAGAAUUCUUGGAAGAAGUGGAAGAAGGAUGGUGGAGAGGUCGUCUCAAAGGUAGAGUCGGCGUGUUUCCCUCAAACUUUGUUUCUCCCCCUGUUCCUGAGGAGCAAGAGAGGCACAAGGAGCGAGAUAAAAAAGAGUUGUGCAGGGUACUAUUUCCCUAUGAGGCUGCUAAUGAAGAUGAACUCACUCUGGUCGAGGGAGAUAAAAUUGUCAUUUUAUCUAAGGAUGCGCCGGAUAAGGGUUGGUGGAAAGGAGAACUGAAUGGACAAGUGGGCUUGUUCCCUGACAAUUUCGUUGAAGUAAUUGGUACGAAGAAUGAAUCCCAAGAACAAGCAACCCAGCACCAGUGGUUUGAAAUGACAUUGCUGGGUACAAAGUCAAGCAUUAGACAUUCCCCUCAAGUGAAAAAGGUCGAGAAAGCGCAUAUUAGAAAAAGUCUGGACACUAAAAAUGUACAUUCAAGUAAUAUAUCAGAUCAUUUUCCCACUAUAGACAUCGCUAAAAAGGGCCUAUCUACAUUGACGUCGUCGUCGUCAUCGUCGAUAGCUAGCGGAAGCGGAAGCGGUGAUAAGAAGGCGGUCGUUAGCCAUUCGAUUAUAUCGAGUCUGAAGCGGCUUGUGAGCGACGUAGGGAAUAAUAACGGUAUUAGCAGCACAACGAGUAUCGCUUCAGAGUGUCGCGAGGAAUUGGACGGCGUGGAACGAGGAGAGGGUACUCCACUUGCGCAUUUAACAGCUUCUCGUGCUAAAGCGCCUCGGCGACGUCCGCCUUCAUCGCAGCAUCUGCGCCAUCACGCUGCCGGAUCCAGCACGAGCGCAUCUUCGACGCAGUCAACCGUUCCUAGUACUAUUAUGGAAGAUAAUAUAUCUAAUGGACGCACCGAUUCUACGUUGGAACAAAUACCCGAUGAAGAAACGGACGGACUUGCUGCAAAAGUGAGAAGAAAAGCACCAUGGGUCGAAGAAUUAAAGAUGAAUCAGAUGGAGAGGAGAAAAACUGCCACGGUAGAGCGAAUCGAUAAGGUGGAAAUUAAGAAGGAACGAAAUUUCCCGCGAUUAGUGACUCAAGGAAACGCUGUGGAUUUCGUUAUCAAACCGGACCCUGAUAACGAAGAUAAUAAGCAGAAAGAUAAAAGUCCGAAAGCCGAAACGAGCCCCCACAGUCCUAAUGCAUCAGGUCAGCCGGCCUACGUUCCAUAUGCCCUUUACUACAAAUUAUUGGAAAGGGUCACCGUAUUAGAAGAGAAACAAGCAGUACUGCAGACGACAAUAGGACAGCUUUCCGAACAGCUUGUACCUCUUCUUGCGAAUGCAUCGAUUAACAGUAAAUAAUAGGGUGUUUAAAAGAAGAAAAUCAAUAGUAUAUUCAUCUAUAUACCCGUACUGUGGUGUUUCCUCAUUACGUCAGUAAUGAAGAAAGAAACUAAUACUGCUGCUAGAAUGACGUUUAUUGCUAUUACUGUUGUUAUACACACACACAUAUUUAUUCAUUUGAUAGUAUUCGUUUAUUGUUUGCUCUGUCGAUGCAGUAUUUAUGUG